CGGUGGCUGUGGCAGCCCUAGGAGCCCUGAGGGCUUCAAGCAGCGAGAACCGCGGUCAUGGACUAUAUCACGGUGCCUAAGGUAGAAAAUGUGACAUUACUGGACCGUUAUAUGGACAAGAAACCAGCUAAUGGGAUUCUAUAUCUUACUGCAACUCACCUGAUCUAUGUGGAGGCUUCUGGUGCAUCCAGGAAGGAAACAUGGAUUGCACUGCAUCACAUUGCCACUGUGGAGAAGUUGCCCAUCACUAGCCUGGGCUGUCCCCUGAUUCUCCGCUGCAAGAACUUCCGGGUAGCCCACUUUGUUUUAGACUCUGACAUGGUGUGCCAUGAGGUUUAUAUUUCGCUUCUCAAGCUUUCUCAGCCAGCAUUACCUGAAGAUCUGUAUGCUUUUUUUUAUAAUCCCAAAUCCUCAAAAGAGAUGAGGGAAAAUGGAUGGAAACUGAUUGACCCAAUAUCAGACUUUGGGCGUAUGGGAAUACCCAACAGGUACUGGACCAUAAUAGAUGCCAACAGAAACUAUGAGAUAUGCAGUACCUACCCUCCUGAAAUAGUGGUUCCUAAAUCUGUUACCUUGGGAACAGUGGUUGGAAGUUCGAAGUUCAGAAGUAAAGAACGGGUACCCGUGCUCUCCUACCUGUACAAAGAGAACAAUGCUGCCAUUUGCCGCUGUAGCCAGCCUCUGUCUGGAUUUUAUACUCGCUGCGUAGAUGAUGAGCUCUUGCUAGAGGCUAUUAGCCAAACAAACCCAGGAAGCCAAUUUAUGUAUGUUGUAGACACAAGACCAAAGUUGAAUGCCAUGGCCAACAGAGCAGCUGGGAAGGGGUAUGAAAAUGAACACAACUAUGCCAACAUUCGCUUCAGGUUCAUGGGCAUUGAGAACAUCCAUGUGAUGCGGAGCAGCCUGCAGAAACUCUUGGAAGUUUGUGAAAUGAAAACUCCAACAAUGAGUGAAUUUCUUAGCGGCCUGGAGAGCUCAGGGUGGUUGAGACACAUUAAAGCUAUUAUGGAUGCUGGAAUUUUCAUUGCAAAGGCAGUGAAGGUAGAAAAGGCCAAUGUCUUAGUCCACUGUUCUGAUGGUUGGGACCGCACAGCACAAGUCUGCUCUGUGGCCAUCAUCCUCCUAGAUCCAUUUUAUAGGACUUUUAAAGGUCUCAUGAUCCUGAUUGAGAAGGAAUGGAUAUCCAUGGGCCACAAGUUCUCCCAAAGGUGUGGCCAUCUGGAUGGGGACUCUAAAGAAGUAUCCCCUAUCUUCACCCAGUUCCUAGACUGUAUCUGGCAAUUAAUGGAACAAUUUCCUUGUGCCUUUGAGUUUAAUGAAAUCUUCCUGCUGGAGAUCCAUGACCAUGUUUUUUCCUGCCAAUUUGGGAACUUCCUUGGAAACUGCCAGAAGGAUCGGGAAGAUUUGAGAAUCUAUGAGAAAACUCAUUCUGUGUGGCCGUUCUUGGUUCAGAGGAAACCAGACUUCAGGAACCCUCUCUAUAAAGGCUUCACUAUGUAUGGGGUGCUCAAUCCUAGUACUGUGCCCUACAACAUUCAGUUCUGGUGUGGGAUGUAUAACCGCUUUGACAAAGGGCUGCAUCCCAAGCAGAGUAUGCUAGAGAGCCUGGUGAAAAUUAAGAAGCAGAGGACAAUGCUGGAGGCAGAUGUGCACAAACUAGAAGAGAAAUUAAAAGCCCAUGAUGAGCCACCAGAAGAAGUCUGUACCUGCUCUCAAUUAGGAAACUUAUCAUCUCAGCAUCUGGGAAGUCCUUUGACCAAUCCUCUUGGUUUUAUGGGAAUCGAUGGAGACCUGAAUACCUUAAUGGAGAAUGGCACUUUGUCCAGGGAAGGAAGCCUCCGAGCUCAUAUGGAUCAAGGAAAAAGCCAGUGUGCAGACUGCCACCAUGACUGUUGUGGGGUUAUGGCCAGCCUUAGGGCUAUAAACAUUUCUGAGGAUGUGGGUGUCUCUGGAGACAUAAGCAUCUCUGAGGUCAAGGGUAUCUCUGGGGCCAUGGGCGUCUCUGGCAACACAGGCAGCUCUGAGACUCUGGGCUUCUCUGAAGACAUCAGCAUCUCUGGGGCUAUGGGCUUAUAUGUAGGCAUGGGUUUCUCUGGAUGCAUGGGCAUUGCUGGGGAAAUGGGCAGCUCUAAGGACACAGGCAUCUCCAAGGCUAGCACCAAGGAGGAAGGCUGCUCCAAACAGUGAGCUACUCAUCUGCUUCCAUGUGUUGCACCUAUAGCACUACAAUGAUCCUUGUCCCAAAGAAGGCUAUACUGCUUUUCUAAUUAGCUUAAGUGAAUAUGGCCAAGAAGCCCCUCCUCCCACUUGAGUCUGGAAGGGGAUAUAGGGACUUUACUAAUUAAACAACCAGUAUAUGCAUGUCAAGCAGUCCAGAAUGUAGGCAAGAGAAAAAAUAUGUUGAUGUUCUAGAAUGGGAUUUAACUUUAAAAAUGUUGCCUUUCAGCUGAGAUAUUAGACUGGUUCUGUUAUUCCAUUUUCCUUCUAUACUUUUUCACUUUCACUGCUGUAGCAUGAGAAUAAACUGGAAAUAUUGUCACAGUGGAGAAUUAAGACCCUAUUAAGAGGAUGGAGAGAUGGUAUGCAACAGGUAACUGAAUUGCAGAAUGGUUUAAAAGAAAAUUUUACUUUCAGGUAUGUUUAUUCAUAGGAUAUAAACUAACAUUAUUGCUAAUAGAGACCCUGAUAUUUGCCUGAGAAAUAAAUCAAAAGCAUAACCCAUGGACACAGACACUGGCCUGGGGAAGGCCUGGGGUGGGAUGGAUGCAA